GCCGCGCUCGCGGACAGACCCGCCGUCAUGGGCCGCGUGAUCCGUGGACAGAGAAAGGGUGCUGGGUCUGUGUUUCGCGCGCACGUGAAGCAUCGCAAGGGCGCUGCUCGUCUACGCGCCGUGGAUUUUGCAGAACGACACGGCUACAUCAAGGGUAUCGUGAAGGACAUUAUCCACGACCCGGGCCGCGGCGCACCCCUCACUAAGGUGGUCUUCCGGGAUCCGUACCGAUUCAAGAAGCGUACCGAGUUGUUCAUCGCCGCCGAGGGUAUCCACAUGGGCCAAUUCGUGUAUUGCGGCAAGAAAGCCCAACUCAACAUUGGCAAUGUUCUCCCUGUGGGCACCAUGCCUGAGGGUACCAUUGUGUGCUGCCUGGAGGAGAAGCCUGGGGACCGGGGUAAGCUGGCCCGAGCCUCUGGGAACUAUGCCACAGUCAUAUCCCACAACCCUGAAACCAAGAAGACCAGAGUGAAGCUGCCCUCGGGUUCUAAGAAGGUCAUCUCCUCUGCCAACAGAGCUGUUGUUGGUGUAGUAGCUGGUGGUGGCAGAAUUGAUAAACCUAUCUUGAAGGCUGGCCGAGCCUACCACAAAUACAAGGCGAAGAGGAACUGCUGGCCACGUGUACGUGGUGUGGCCAUGAAUCCUGUGGAGCAUCCCUAUGGAGGUGGUAACCACCAGCACAUCGGCAAACCCUCAACCAUCCGCAGAGAUGCCCCUGCAGGGCGCAAAGUGGGUCUUAUUGCUGCUCGCAGGACUGGGCGACUCCGUGGAACCAAGACAGUGCAGGAGAAAGAGAACUAGAGCUGAGGGGCUCAAUAAAAUUUGUCUUUGGACUGGU